GAAGGAUAGAAAGGAGAAAAGAUGGUGUGUUAUGAGUGGUAGCGAUGAUGGUGCAGUGGGCAGCUUUAUCAAGGGAAGGACUUUGUCAAGGGAAAGGAGCGAGAGGGAACAACGUAAGAGGGCAGGGGAGAUCCACGACGGGAACUAUAUCAUUACCGUCUCUGUUGCGCCACACCUGGCCAUCUGCAUUUGCAUGUGCGUGUGCUACUUAUUACUUAUUUUUCCCUGAUUGGAUUGGAUUGGAUUGUGCUCUUCACUCUGUUCCACCGUGGUCGUGUUUGUUUAUGUGUAUCGAGCCGGGAUGGACGGGGUUGACGAGGCUUGGGACGACAGGCCAGGGAUUGGAUUGUCUGCAGC